AUGCCUAUCACCAACAACGAGGCCGCGCCCGGUGCCGCCAUGAAGGCUGAGAUCCAGGACUACACCAAGGCCCUCGAGGUCCUGCAGACCUACAAGACCGCCGAUGGUCUGGAUGUUGAUACUCUGCUCGACUCUGACAAGCACGGAGCUCUGACCUACAAUGACUUCCUGAUCCUGCCGGGCUACAUCGGCUUCCCCGCCUCCGAUGUCACUCUGGACACUCCCGUUACCAAGCGCAUCACCCUGAAGGCCCCCCUUCUGUCUUCGCCCAUGGACACCGUGACCGAGCACAACAUGGCCAUCCACAUGGCUCUGCUCGGUGGCCUGGGUGUUAUCCACCACAACUGUGCUCCCGUGGACCAGGCUGAGAUGGUCCGCAAGGUCAAGAGAUACGAGAACGGCUUUAUCCUGGACCCUGUUGUUCUUUCUCCCAAGGCUACUGUUGGUGAGGCCAAGGAGCUCAAGGCCAAGUGGGGUUUCGGUGGUUUCCCCGUCACUGAGAAUGGAACCCUUCACUCCAAGCUGGUUGGUAUGGUUACCUCCCGUGACAUCCAGUUCCAUGCCCAGCUCAGUGACCCCGUCACUGCCAUCAUGGCUACUGACCUGGUCACUGCUCCCGCUGGAACUACCUUGGCCGAGGCCAACGACGUUCUUCGUCAGUCUAAGAAGGGCAAGCUGCCCAUCGUUGACACCAACGGCAACCUCGUUUCCCUGCUCUCUCGCUCGGAUUUGAUGAAGAACCUGCACUACCCCCUGGCCUCCAAGCUUCCCGAGUCUAAGCAACUGAUCUGCGCUGCUUCCAUUGGUACUCGUGAGGAGGAUAAGAUUCGUCUUCAGCUGCUUGUUGAGGCCGGCCUGGACAUUGUCAUCCUGGACAGCAGCCAGGGUAACAGCUUGUACCAGAUUGAGAUGAUCAAGUAUGUCAAGAAGACCUACCCUGAGAUCGACGUUAUCGGCGGUAACGUUGUUACUCGGGAGCAAGCCGCCGCUCUGAUUGCUGCUGGUGUCGAUGGCCUGAGAAUUGGCAUGGGCAGCGGCAGCGCUUGCAUUACCCAGGAGGUUAUGGCCGUCGGCCGCCCCCAGGCCGCUGCUGUUCGCAGUGUUUCCGCCUUUGCCGCCCGCUUCGGCGUUCCCUGCAUCGCCGAUGGUGGUGUCCAGAACCUUGGCCACAUCAUCAAGGGUCUGGCUCUGGGUGCUAGCACUGUCAUGAUGGGCGGUCUCCUUGCUGGUACCACCGAGUCCCCCGGUGAGUAUUUCGUCAGCAACGAGGGUCAGCUCGUCAAGGCCUACCGUGGUAUGGGCUCUAUCGCCGCCAUGGAGGACAAGAAGGCUGGCGCUGGCGCAAAGGACAGCAAGGCUAGCAAUGCCGGUACUGCCCGCUACUUCUCCGAGAAGGCCGGUGUUCUUGUCGCCCAGGGUGUCGCUGGUUCCGUCCUGGACCGUGGCUCUGUUACCAAGUUCAUUCCCUACCUCGUCGCCGGUGUUCAGCAUUCCCUCCAGGACAUUGGUGUGAAGAGCCUCGAUGCCCUGCACAAGGGUGUCGACAACGGCACCGUCCGCUUUGAAAUGCGCUCCACCAGCGCUCAGAACGAGGGUAAUGUCAACAUGCACAGCUAUGACAAGAAGCUUUACUCGUAA